CUGGCACCAUCAUGAUAGCUUUCCUACGUGUGCUGCAAACAUUGUAAGAACACCGCUACCUAACCCAAUAGAUGCACAUUACAUUGCUGAUUUCUUGGGUCUGCCUUACGUGUUCCUGGAGGAUUUGAUAGACAAGAAACUGGCUCAAUUGUGGGUAUAAUAUACUUCCUCCUCGACAAUUGAAUGUCAGUCGUCCGUAUUUAACUUCUGCAUUGUAGAACACCUGGACAAGUAUUGACAUGAUACAUAGAUAAGUUACAUGGUCGCAUGGUGGAAUUUCUAAAACCAAAACCAAAUCUCUUGUGGAAUACUAAAGGAAGUGGAAGAAUGUUUUUACUGACAAUUUUGUUAUGUCUUGUACGGGAAGCUGUAUCAGCGAAGGAAGAAGUCUUGUUUGAUUAUACUUUUCCUGUUCAUACCACUGAGAGAUGUCCACUGAAUAGCAGUGAUUGGAUUGCUGCGUCUGACAGAUUACACUGCAAUGAUACGCAUGGAUACCACUGCGUCCCAGAUAAGACAUUCUCAUUUCUCAUUGAGUUUUGCUAUCCAGAGGGAAAACGGAAACGUUUUCAAAAAGGCAAUUGCCUUGAGCUUGCCUACACUGGUAUUCUGAACCAUGUCAAGUGCAGAAAUUUUACGUUUGGUUGUCCUGAUGAAGACUACAAUAGCGAUGAACUGUAUAGAUAUCCAGCUUGUUUGAAUAUAUAUGAAAACUGUUUUACUGCGGAUACCCAUUGUCUAAAAAUGCGAUGUUCUAGAAAAGAACAAAGAGCACUAGAACAGGGUAGAGAGGAUGGAUGUACUUACACUGGCUAUAUUGUAGGGCUGUGUGUUAUAUCCGUUUUGUGUAUUUCCUUUUUCAUCGUCAACAUAAUUCUAUUAUACAAGAACAGACAACUAAUUCAGAAAAUGAAGCGAAAUCUGAGUUACGAAGUAAAUCCACUGCUUGGGGGACGUAUGAACACAGCUAGCGAAAACAAGAGAUUGGAUCAUCUAAAUAUGGAAGAUGACAUAGGUAGAUAUAUUUUUGUCGACUUCACUGUCGAGGAUGCACAGUUGUUUGAUCUCUUAAAAAGACAGUGUCUGAAUGGUGUUUAUGUUGGUUUUAAAUAUCUCGUAGAAUCUAAAGUCAUACCAAGAAAGAAAAAUGAAAUAUUUCAUCAACAUGAUGCUCAUGGGUGUACGUUAUUGCAUUAUGCGGCUCAAGGAGGAUCAAUCACAAUAAUUGAAAAAAUUCUAACAACUGACCCGGAAGCAAAACUUCAAAAUGAGAGUUAUCGAGGUCAAAAUGCACUGCACUUUGCUAUAAAAUAUAAACAAAAAGAGUUAAGCGAAUAUCUAAUUACACAACACGGGAAAAAAUUUAUUAAAAAAAGCAUGGUGGAAUUCGAUCAUUCUAAGGUAAAGGAAGAUAGAAAAAUUGCAAGCAAUGGCACAGGUGAAUUUGAGCCAUUUCACUGGAUUGCGUGGAAUGGAGAUUUAAGGAUCCUUGAAGUUUUGAAGGAGGCUGAUGUUGAUUUGACGAGGUUAACGAGGAAUGGUCUAGGCAUUUUAGACAUCGCAUGCAUGAAGAAAGAAAACGAUUUCUGUAGACACGUAAUAGAAAAUGAAAAACAGAUAAAUCUUGAGAAGGUUGACUCAAGUGGAUGGAAUAUUUCUCAUUAUGCUGCUAUGUCAGAUAAUGUGGAAGUUUUAAAACUUCUAAAAAACAAACACGAACAUUUAAUCAAAGCCAAAACGCACUGGAAUAAAACCACUCUGCACAUUGCGUGUGAAUAUGGAUGCAGGAGUAUCGUCACAUACCUAAUUGGCCACUUUCAGUCACUUCUUAAGAGCAAAGACGAUCAUGGAUGGAAUGCUGCACACUAUGCAGCAAAAGGAGGCAAUUUAGAAAUUCUUAAAGAAUUACUAAAAACUAAGAGAAUCGAAAUCGAUUCGCUGACAGAAGAAGGAAAGACAUUACUCCACAUCGCAUGCAUCCAUAAGCAGGUGGAGAUCUGCAACUUUGUUGCUGAGAGAUUUUCUCAAGAUCCCAACUGGGGACUGUUAGAUCUAAAAACAACAAACCAUGGCUGGACCGCUGCUCAUUACCUUGGCGUCGAGAGUAAAGGAGAUGGAAGUGAGGCGGAAAUAAUUGACAUGCUCCAUGAACGGAAAAUGAAGCUUUCAGCCACAACUAACAAGGGAUAUUCUAUUCUAACUAUAGCCAUUGAUCAUUUAAAUACACGGCUAACAAAACACAUUCUUUCUAAUAAGUAUAGAGCAAUUCUUGAAAUAACCGAGAAAAGUAUCAGAAAAGACAGAGAACACACGAAGAAUGAACAAGUUUUGAAGAUACUGGACGAUGCUUUGUCAGAAAUUAUCAGUGACAAAUAGAUUUAAAACAACAACAUUGAAAAUAUACAUAUAAGAAGCAAAAUCUAUCACUUUGAAAUCAUUUCCAUUGUAUUAAACGGCGUUUUUUUUUUAAAUCUACGCAUGUAUCUGUCCCCUGCAGUUGGACUUUGGAAUAUUGAGACAUAUAAUGAAUUUAUUUGCAGGCUUCCUCAUCAAGCUGGAUAAUUGUACCGUUUCUAUGAACUACAAAUAUUUCUGGAAUUGCUAUUCCACAGCGGUUCCGGCAUGAUUUAUUGAUACUUACAGCAUUACUUAAAAGUGAGAAUUACAUGUUUAAUUAAACUAAUUGCAGAGUGACAAUAAAAAAACUUCACAAUUGGAAAGUACGUCAGCAGCAAAAGGGAUACCGGUAUUGUAUCCUAUCCUUUGCUACAUUAUUUUUGUAAUUAUUCAAAAAAAAAAAUCUUGCAAAUUUGACGGAGAAAAAAUAGCAUUAUGUAAACCGCUUUCAUAAAUAAACGUUGUCUUUAAGGAUGUCACAUAUGUUGGAAAAAUAUAAAUAAAAUAUAUUAAAGAGA